GUUCUGAGUUAAGAGAAGCAAUGGGUUUAAAGAAUAAUCAGUUGCCACGAUAUAUAUACCAUAUGAGAAUCAUUGGCUAUCCUCCUGGGUGGAUGAAAGAGGCAGUACUUGAAACAUCAGGAUUAUCUUUAUAUGAUUCUGAUGGUAAAACUUCAUUUGAAGAGGAAACCAGUUUAGUAAGUGGAAUUCAGUAUGAUGCAUCAAAGUUUGUUAAUUAUCCAGGAUUUAAUAGCCCUGUACCAGAUAACUAUACAGAUGAAUGGAAAGCGCUAGACAUGCCUCCUCUUCAGCAGCAUCAACAAUUAAGUCAAGCUGUAAAAUCUCCAAACAUAGUUAUAAAUCAUAGUGUAUGCAAAAGAAAAUCUGUGCUAGCUGAUAAUGAAGCUAAAAAAGUCAAAAAUGAUAUGAAUGAUUGCAGUGACUCAUGUUCAAGUGAUAUCCCAGAAAAUAAAUUUUCUUCUUCUGAAAAUGAAGAAACGAUUUCCUCUCCUAGAACUCCCCAAACUGCAAGUUCAAAAAGUUUGUCUUUAUCCAAAUCUGAAGGUACACCAAUUUUAGAACAAGGUAAUCCUUAUAACAAACUUCCAGAUGCUGACAAAUUUGCCCAAGGAAUUACUGAGCAUUUGCCAUUUGAAAAUCUUCCUGAUGCAGUUGGAAAAUAUGAAAAAAUGCGUGGAGUGCUGUGUAGUUUGCAAAAGAAACUUCAUGAAAUCAGAAGUUGAUGUUUAAAAAAGUUAUCCAUCAAUUUAUUUUUAAAAACAGUUUGGUCAUUUUUUAAACAAACAGCAAAAUAAUAAGUUUUUAAUCACACUUUUUUUUCAACGUUAUUUUCUUCCCCAUUCAGGGUUUUAUGAAUUUUUAACAUUAUUCACUUUGGAUACGUACAUGAAUGUUGUAAAUAAUUUUUAAAAUUCACACAAAAUAUGUAUAUAUUAAGUAAUUUUAAAAAGAUUUUAGAUUGUUUGAAGACUCAUCUUUCAGUGUGCAUCAAACUCAUUUAUUGUUUUAUUGUUGG